UACGGGUAGGAAAAACGCUCUUAAUCCACACAUACUUCGUGGCGUUUGGGGAAGAGCUGUUUGUGUAAGCGGCGUGAUACAAGACACCAGCAGCAGUCAGGGAGAAAACAGCAUGGCUUUAAACCUUACCGUCAAUCCCAGCAACCUACCGCUAGGGGCGCUGUUAGCAGCAGAGCACGUGAAGGGCAGCGUCAGUGUCUCUGUGGAGGAAGGCAAAGACACCAAACUCCAAGUCUCUGACCAGGUGCAGUUCAAUGACGUAAACUCCAUUACACGUUACCUUGCACGUGUAGUACCAGGCCUGGGUCUGUAUGGCUCCAACAUGCUGGAACAAACUGAGGUGGACCACUGGCUAGAGUUCAGCGCCCGUAGCCUGAGUGGACGGUCGGACCUGGCUCCUGCUCUUGCAGAAUUGGAUGCAGCACUGUCACUGCGCACCUUCCUGGUGGGCCACAAAGUGACCCUGGCUGAUCUCUGUGUGUGGGCUUCUCUCAAAGGGAGUCGGGAGUGGCAGGCAGCGCAGGCUAAACCCGGGUCCUUUCCUCAUGUUUGCCGCUGGUUCUCUUUCCUGAGCUCUCAGAUGCCCUUUAGUGAGGUGGGCACCAAGUGGGCCAGCAAGCUCUCAAGCAGUCUGGCUGCUCCUGUCGCAAAAGAGAAGAAGCAGGAUCUUGGGAAAUUUGUGGAGCUGCCUGGUGCCGAGAUGGGAAAAGUUGUGGUGCGAUUCCCUCCAGAGGCCAGUGGGUACUUGCACAUAGGCCAUGCCAAGGCUGCCCUUCUCAACCAGCACUACCAGGUUAACUUUAAGGGCAAGCUGAUCAUGCGCUUUGAUGACACAAACCCUGAGAAGGAAAAGGAGGACUUUGAGAAGGUGAUCUUGGAGGAUGUGGCCAUGCUGCAGAUUAAGCCGGAUCAGUUCACCUUCACAAGCGACCACUUCCCCACCAUCCAGCGUCUGGCUGAGCAGCUGCUUCAGGAAGGCAAAGCCUACGUUGAUGACACACCCCCUGACAAAAUGAAGCAGGAGAGGGAGCAGAGGAUCGAGUCACACAACCGCAAAAACUCUGUGGAGAAGAACGUUCAGAUGUGGGAGGAGAUGAAGGCAGGCACAGAGUUUGGUCAGACCUGCUGUAUGAGAGCUAAGAUUGAUAUGAGCUCCAACAAUGGCUGCAUGCGUGACCCUACACUGUACCGCUGCAAAAUUGCAUCCCAUCCCCGCACUGGCAACACGUACAAGGUGUACCCCACGUAUGACUUUGCCUGCCCCAUUGUAGACAGCAUUGAGAAUGUGACCCAUGCGCUCCGCACCACAGAGUACCACGACCGUGAUGAGCAGUACUACUGGGUAAUCGAUGCCCUGCGGCUGCGCAAGCCCUACAUUUGGGAAUACGCUAGACUCAAUCUCAACAACACUCUGCUCUCUAAGAGGAAGCUCACCUGGUUUGUGGAUCAGGGCUAUGUGGAUGGAUGGGAUGACCCACGGUUCCCCACGGUCAGAGGAGUCCUGCGCAGGGGAAUGACUGUUGAAGGGCUCAAGCAAUUCAUUGCUGCACAGGGUGGAUCCAGGUCUGUGGUCAACAUGGAGUGGGAUAAGAUCUGGGCAUUUAACAAAAAGGUCAUUGACCCCAUAGCUCCAAGGUUCAGUGCCCUGCUGAGCUCACAAGUUGUACCUAUCUCAAUUUCUGAUACCAAGGAAGAAAUGAAGGAGGUGGCCAAACACCCAAAGAACGCUGAUGUGGGGAUGAAGCAGGUAUGGUAUGGCCCAAAGGUGUUUGUUGAGGGAGCAGAUGCUGAGACCUUCACCGAAGGAGAGACUGUUACCUUCAUUAACUGGGGCAACGUCAUCAUCACUAAAAUUCACAAAGACAGCAGUGGAACCAUCUCAUCUCUGGAAGGGCGUCUGAACCUGGAGAACACAGACUAUAAGAAGACCACCAAGAUCACUUGGUUGGCUGACACCCCCAAUGCUCCCUUCACCCCUACUGUGUGUGUCAGCUAUCAGCACCUCAUCACCAAACCUGUGCUGGGCAAAGAUGACAAUUUCAAGGACUACAUUAAUCCAAACAGCAAGACCGAGGAGAUCAUGCUAGGUGACCCAUGUCUGAAGGACUUGAAGAAGGGUGACAUCAUCCAGCUGCAGAGGAGGGGCUUCUAUAUCUGUGAUCAGUCAUAUGAACCAGUCAGUCCUCAUAGCUGUAAGGAGAGCCCCUGUGUCCUGCUGUAUAUACCAGAUGGCCACACCAAGGAGAUGCCCACAUCUGGCUCCAAGGACAAAAAUAAGGGCCAGCCAACCAACAAGCCUGUAAAAGCUGAGCCUGAAGUGUCUGCAGCCCCUGUAGCCAACAGCCAACAAAUACCUUCAUCUUGUCCUUUCACACGUGUAGCUGAGCAAGGCGAAGUGGUGCGGAAACUGAAGGCCGAGAAAGCACCCAAGGACAAAAUAGAUGCAGCUGUAAAAGAACUUUUGGCUCGCAAAGCUGAGUUUAAGCAACUCACAGGUCAGGAUUACAAACCCGACAUGACUCCUCCCUCUGCAGCACACACAAAGCCAGCUCCAACAUCUACCUCGUCCCCUACUGAUCUCUACACGCAAGUGGCUGCACAGGGAGAGCUGGUCAGGAAACUCAAAACAGAGAAAUCAGCAAAGGAACAAAUUGAUGCUGCUGUGAAACAGCUGCUCUUUCUAAAGGAAGAGUAUAAGAAGGUGACUGGUCAGGACUACAAGCCAGGAGCUGCUCCUGCUCCUUCAGCUCCUGCUCCUUCAGCUCCUGCUCCUUCAGCUCCUGCUUCAUCAACCACCACGCCAUCAGUGUCCUCAGCACCCAAAAGCCUCAAUAAAGAUGCUGUGGACACUUACCAUCGUGUCUCAGAGCAGGGUGACCUUGUGAGGAAACUGAAAACUGACAAGGCACCUAAGGAUCAGGUGGAUGCUGCUGUGAAACAGCUGCUGAAUCUGAAGGCUGAAUAUAAACAGCAAACUGGAAAAGAGUAUAAACCAGGCCAGUCUCCCAGUUCUCCAGCCCCUGCACAGGCCGCCCCUGCACAGGCCGCUCCUGCACAGGCCAACCCUGCACCUCCCAACUCCUGCGCUUCCCCUCAGGCACAGGCUCUAUAUGCACAGGUCUCCCACCAGGGGGAGCAAGUGAGAAAGCUCAAAACAGAGAAAGCCCCAAAGGAACAGGUCGACACAGCAGUAAAGACCCUGCUGGAGCUGAAGGGCCAGUACAAAGCUCUGACUGGACAAGAGUACAAGCCGGUGAGUGCUGCACCAGGAGCAGGGGGCACAGGAUCAGAGGACAAGAGCCGCAAGGAGCGCGAGAACACAUCUGAGAAACAAGGAGGAGGAGGCCGCAAGCCACAGAAAGGAGGAGAAAAACCUCAACAGGGUCAGGAGAGUGGGGCAGGAGGAGCAGGAGAUGGUCAGGGACCAAAGAAACAAACACGUUUAGGACUUGAGACAAAGAAAGAGGAAAAUCUGUCUGACUGGUAUUCUCAGGUGAUUACCAAGGCGGAGAUGAUUGAGUAUUAUGAUGUAAGUGGUUGUUACGUGCUGAGGCCGUGGUCCUAUGCAAUCUGGGAGAGUAUCAAAGAAUUCUUUGAUCGGGAAAUCAAGAAACUAGGAGUGGAGAACUGCUACUUCCCCAUGUUCGUCUCUCAAGCAGCUCUGGAGAAGGAAAAGUCUCACAUCGCUGACUUUGCUCCCGAGGUUGCAUGGGUGACAAGAUCAGGGAAGACUGAACUUGCAGAGCCUAUUGCUGUGCGUCCCACUAGUGAGACAGUAAUGUACCCUGCUUAUGCUAAAUGGGUCCAGUCACACAGAGAUCUGCCAAUAAAACUCAACCAGUGGUGUAACGUUGUGCGGUGGGAGUUCAAGCACCCCCAGCCUUUCCUCAGGACCAGAGAGUUCCUCUGGCAAGAGGGACACACAGCCUUUGCCACUAAGGAGGAGGCUGCCGAGGAGGUUCUACAGAUUUUGGACUUGUACGCAAGGGUGUAUGAGGAGCUUAUGGCCAUCCCUGUGGUUAAAGGUAGGAAAACAGAGAAAGAGAAGUUUGCAGGAGGAGACUACACUACAACCAUAGAGGCCUUCAUCUCAGCCAGUGGAAGAGCCAUUCAGGGUGCCACAUCACAUCACCUGGGCCAGAACUUUUCUAAGAUGUUUGAGAUCAUGUUUGAAGACCCAAAGAAGCCUGGUGAGAAACAGCUGGCCUACCAGAACUCAUGGGGAAUAACCACACGCACCAUUGGAGUCCUGACCAUGGUGCAUGGAGACAACAUGGGCCUGGUCCUGCCCCCCAGAGUGGCCUGUCUGCAGGUGAUCAUCAUUCCCUGUGGUGUCACAGUUUCUCUGCCUGAGGCUGAGAAGGAGCUCCUGUUGGCUCAAUGCAACAAGUAUCUUUCCAGACUGCAAAAAGCAGAGAUCAGGGUGAAGUCUGACCUUCGUGACAACUACUCACCUGGUUGGAAGUUCAAUCACUGGGAGUUGAAGGGUGUGCCAAUUCGCUUGGAGGUUGGACCUAAGGAUCUGAAGCAGAACCAGUGUGUGGCAGUGAGGAGAGACACAGGAGAGAAAAUCAUCCUUCCAGAUGGGGAGCUUGAAAAGAAAAUUGCACACCUACUCGAGGAGAUCCAGGACAACCUCUUCAAACGGGCUUCCGCUGAUCUGAAGUCAAACAUGGUGGCUGUUGACACGAUGGCGCAGUUCCAGAAAGAGCUGGACCAGGGAAAGAUUGUGCAGAUUCCAUUCUGUGGAGGCGGUGACUGUGAGGACUGGAUAAAGAAGACCACUGCAAAGGAUCAGGAUCUGGAGCCAGGUGCACCCUCAAUGGGAGCUAAGAGUCUGUGCAUCCCCUUCCAACCACUAAAGACCCUCCAGCCAGGCCAAAUGUGCGUCAGCGGCAAAGAGCCAGCCCAGUACUACACCUUAUUCGGUCGCAGUUAUUAAGAGAAGGGUUUUUCUAAAACCCUUCUACCCGAAUCUGGGCCAAAUUAUAGUCUCAAUCAUGUUAGAAUUCACAAAUGUACUAACAUGAACUUCAACAAACCAUUGUUCCUUCUUAUAUUAAUCCCUAAUGAUCAUACUGGUGUCAUCUGCUUCACUUUGAGUAAAGUUUAUGUCUGUCUGGUAACUCUCAGGACAUAUUUGUGUGAGGCACAGUACAAUACACAUGUACUAUUCUGCUGUCAGAUAUGAAGGUAGAGACCCAAGCCUGGUCUAUCAUUAGCCAUAUAAUGAAAUAUAAAAAAAUCCUCUACACCUUUAUCUUUGUUUUUGCUCUUUGCUGUUAUUUUUUCAUAAUCUAUCAUUCAGGUAUUCAUACAUUCAUACAGCUUGUCUAAAAUAAAGUGUUCUCCAUUUCUGUUAUGUUUUGUUGCCUAAUUGGUGUUCAUUUUUCUUUUUUAUGCUUGAAAUGUUGACAGGGUGAAUAACUUGGAUUUAUACAGGUUGUAUUCUUGCAUUAUACAACUGUUGUAAGUUUAUGAGUUGAGUUCAUACUCAGAUGUGGGUUUUCCUGAAACAGUUGCAUCAUAAUUGAAACAGCACAAUUCUGUAGAAUGUCUUUGUUGUAGGAUUAAAGGGCUCAAAUGUUAUGGCA